GCAGGAGUCAGAGUCAGUUGAGGUUUUGCCCUCGUACGAGUCGGUUAUAGAUUCCGAGCAAUGGCAGACGCCCAGCCAGAGUUCUAGCCAUUGAACUGCAAUUCAAUAGAACUUCUUUGGUGUGUAUUCUCCGAUCACGUGCGAAACAGUAGCUGUUUCAAAAGGAUAACCCUGUUGUGUAGAUAUGUGGGACUAUUGGCCAGCUGUAUAGAACGUUUAACGGUUGUGCGUGCCCCCCCUCCCCCUCAACUUAAUUGUAGCCCCUGGUUUGCGUUAGCGGACAUGAGUAAAUGGUGAAGCACAACAUCUGGGAGGAAUACUCUUCUUGAUUUCGACAGCGCAGGAACUUCAAACAGUGCUGCAAGGGACAAGCAAUGGAUUUCGUUAUUUUACAAGUCAAUGGCGUGGACGUGUCCAAGUCGUCGCAUGAAGAAGCCCUUGGCGUAUUUCUAUCGGCGUCAGAACCAAUAUUAGUGCAGAUGCUUCGACGUGCUCCUGGUAAUUCUUCGUCGUCGGAAUUAUCUCCAAUUAAGCCGAAAUCUACCAUAAAAGAAAGCGCCAUUUCAUCUUCUCCGACAUGCAACAGCCAACGGACUUGCUGCCUUCAUGAACACGAAGUUUACGGUGGGAUCAGAAAUAGCGUUCAAGUUCAAACCGACUGGGCAGGAGUGAAUCUACCCGUCUGGAGCGCUAUUGAUUUCUAUCACCAAACCGAACAACUCGCCGAAAAUGAUGACGUAAUUGAAGAAGAACAAGAAAUGGAAUACGAGGAAAUCAAGCUGAAACGGAUGAAUUCUACGGAUAAAUUGGGUCUAACAUUAUGCGAUGGUCUGCCAGUAUCACGAAUAAAUUACGAUGAUACUGGUAAACUGGCGCCAGCGGUGGACACGAGCAAUUUCACCGAGAAGAAAACAAUGAACAAGAUCUAUGUUGAAACAAACGACAACGCUACGGAAUGUGAAGAGGAUGAAGCUUGCGUCGAUGAAGACAACACGGAAAGCGAAGAUAAAGAAGUCUAUAUCCAAGCAAUCGCCGAAGAUAGUCUUGCGGCAGCCGACGGAAGACUUCUUCAAGGCGAUGUCCUUUGCAGUUUCAUCAAGUUGAAAUUGUCGGCUGAUCCCUUGGAUGUGCUGUCUGUAGCUUUCCUUUAUCCUGAGCUUGAUGAAGAAUUCCUAGAAGAUGGAGAAUCAGAAGAAGACGUUCAAGUCGAGGGCGACGAAGAGAGAAUAUUGGAAGACGAAGAAAAUGAGAAAGGCGAUGAUAAAACGAGGGAAACUGAAAAUCAACAACUUCGUGAGAAAAACUAA